CCUUCCCGCAAAAAGUGGCCACCGUCUACCACUCGCUCGGUCGUCUCCGUCUCCGUCCCCUCGCCGUCGCCGGAGUCCCCACCCCGAUCCAGUCCACACGCCGGAGAUGCAUCCCUCCGGCGCCGGUGAGUACUCCCCCUACUACCCGCCCUACCCCUCCCCCUCCGCCUCCGCCUCCGCGCCACCCUACACGCCUUACCCCACCGCCGACUAUCCCGCCCCCGCUCCCGCCGCGUACCCCGCCGCCACCUACCCCCCGCCUCCCGCCGAUCUCCCCCACUACGCGCCCCCGCAGCCGUACUACCCCGCCUACGAGGCCCCUCCUCCGCUGCCGUCCCCGCACGCCCCCGCUCCCUCGCCUUACCCGCCGCUGGAUCGCCCGGGAAGCUACGGCUCCGCCUCCGGUUACGGCCAGGAUCUCUACCCGCCCAAGCCGGCGGCCGGCGGCUGGUCCGAUGACGGGGUGUACGCCUACAGCGGCGGCGACGCGCCGGAGCCGUACGGCGCCAGGGGCACCGCGGCCGCGCCGAGGUCGAGUUCCGCGCUGUUUGAUGACUACGGGAGGUCGAUUAGUCUGACCAAGGAGCGAGGCGGUGGCGGUGUCAGCUCGGCGACCCCCAAGGUGGUGCGGGCGGUGCCCAAGGUGGAGACGUCGGAUGACAUUGGGAGUGGCGUGCAGAAGUUCCGGGUGAAGCUGCUGCCGGAGGGUGCAGGGAGCCCCAUGGAUGUGCUCUGCCAGGUUGGUUUGGAUGGGAUUCGGAUGCUUGAUCCCAAUACUAGUAGGACAUUGAGAAUAUACCCCCUUGAAACUGUAACUAGAUGGGAUAUAUUAGAUUCUUCUAUAUUUGCCUUUUGGUCUAAGAGCUCAGUUGAUGUCGAAGCAAGAAGAAUAAGGCUGAAGUCAAACAGCUAUACAACCAACACCAUUCUUGACACUGUGACAGCCGCGAGUGUUCAGUUCAAGGAGAUGGGUGGAAGUAGCAUUUCAAGAAGUAGAGCACUUCCUGAUGCUGCCAAACCUCCUGAACAACAAAAUGAUAGGAGGAAAAAUUUCCUUGAUUGGAGGAACUUAAUGAAGCCCAUGAACGAGGAGAAAGACCACUGGGUCCCAGAUGAAGCUGUCACUAAAUGCACAGCAUGUACGGCAGAUUUCAGUGCUUUCAAUCGCAGGCAUCACUGUCGAAAUUGUGGCGAUAUUUUCUGUGACAAGUGCACCCAGGGAAGAACUCCUUUAACUACAGAUGCUGAUGCCCAACCAGUUCGAGUUUGUGACAGAUGCAUGGCUGAAGUUUCUCAAAGACUGAACAAUGCAAAGGAAGCAGCAAAUCGGCCUAUUGUUCACAGCCAUGAGGAUCUUGCCAAAAAACUUAAGGAAGCAAUGGAUAUAAAUAAGAAGUCAUCUUCAGCCUCGAGGGCCUCAGAUGGAUCUGGCAGGCGAAUGCGGGAGGUUGCAUGCCCCACCUGCACGGUCCAUCUUCAGAUAGAUAUCUUGAAGCGCUUGCAGCGACAAGCAUUUUAUGACAUAAUGCAGCUGAGGGAGAAACAGGAGAAAAUUGAAAGGGUGCUUAUGUCGUACAAAUUGAGCAAAAGUGGCCCAUUUGCAGAAGAGAGCACUCGGCUCAAGGGGGUUAUCAAUGUCGCUGGAAGCCUCUCAUCAAAAAACAAGAAAGAUUCAGCACCAGAAAACUCGGAAACAAAUUCUGGAAUUAGUUCUCAGUUUUUGUUCCAGACCAAUGUCCGGAAGAAGGAUUCUCUCCUUGUGGAGCUUAUCACUGAUCAUUGGUGCUUGUCUUCAGAAAAUGAUCCUAUCGGAAGCCCUUUUGUAUUGUCAAAGGUGAUGUAUUUGGCAAAUAUCAAUGACUCCUUGUCUGUUGCUGCUGUACCAGUAGGAGCGAGGUGUGAUGAUUUUUCAACCGAUCCCAAUCUCCAAGAGGAGCAUUGGCUUGCCAACUUCUGUUCUUCAUUGAGGCCACCUCUGCUGAUUAAACGGCAUAACUAUGCUGCUGGCCUAAUACUGAGGUCAAAGAACUUUGCCGCUUCUCUUGCUGAGUUGAUUUCAGCAGCUGGGAAGCCAAAUAACUUGGGCGAAGUCAGCAGAGUUUUCACCGGAUUUGGGCAAAUUUCAUAUCAGAUGCAAAAUGAAAUGAAGUUAAGCAUGUCUGCAGCGUUGCAUGGACCCAGUCUAGUUCCUAGGAAAAGCAAACCAACUGCUGGAGGAUGUUUUGAACUUGAACUGAAGUUCGAUGAGGACUCGAGAAUUGGGGCCUGGAUUGAGAUCAAGAAGGUGAACCCAAGGCUAGUGAGAUGGGCACUCACAUUGUCAGAAACACCGGAAGAUGACCUAGGCUGGGGCGUGAGCUUGCGGAGAGGCACCGAAGGCAAUGCUGAACGUCUACAGCUGGAAGGCUUUCUGAAUUUCCACCUGGGAAAGAAGGCCACCUUGCAGCCUGGUCUCAUGUUCAACAUAGACGGGAGGAGAUGCGCACCGGCUCUUGUAUUCCAGUCAAGUUGGUUUUUGUGAGCCCAUUGUACAAGCUUUUGGUAGAUCAGAUAAUGUAAAAACAAUCAUUUAUAUCAUUUUGAUGAAAAUUUAUCGCUUCAAGCGUUCACUGAGCUGCAUCUAUUGCUAGCAUUAGCAUUGGUUUUUAUACUAUUGAUACUUGGCAUCCCUGUACCUUCUGACAAGGUAUGAAAUCCGAGGGAAUAAUUAAUGGGUUAAUUAGGGUAAUGUGUGCGUGUUA